AUAUGUAUAAUACGGAAUGUAUUGUUCUGGGCAGGAAGUUUGAUUUUGGUCAGGAAUAAAACUGUUCGCUUCUCCAAGUGAAAAGAGAAACGACUAAAAAUGAUUAUUCGUUCAUUCUUUAUUUCCUCUUGAUCCUUUCCUUUUUUGAUUUGUAUUCUAACGAUCAGUCAAGGUAUUUUUUUUUAAUUUAUAGAUAAUUUGAUUUCUAUUUAAUUUCGCAAUUUCUCGAUUUGCAUUUAUCUGUGGCGCGGCGCGGUGCGGCGCGGUGCGGCGCGGCGCGUUGUCGCCAGUCGCGUGAAUUGCGUUGCUAGGUAACCGAUAAUCGUUUAAUGUCGAUUAUCCGACAAUAGCCAGCAACUGACGUAACAAUAUAACAAGUAGUUAAAAUAACAAGUGGACUCGAUUUUGAAAAGAAGAAUGUCGAGCGCGACGUACGACGAAAUUUGGAGAAUUGGCCAAACGUUGCUGGCGGAAACGAUUCAAACGGACACGGUGCUUCAGGGUGCGAAAGCACAAAAGGAUCGUAGAAAGGCCCACGACGUUGUUUCGGCAUUGUACGUGAGAUACAUUCUCGCGUGUAACAAACUCGAGCGAUGCUACGAUCAAGCGAUACAGCCUCAGAAGCGCCUGCUGAUGAAACGAUUGUUGGACGCGAGUCUCGGCAGAGUGUUGGAGUUGAAACACGAGCUAGUCGAUAUCGAUCUCUCGGAGCACAGCUAUUACGACGACGCGCUGAUCGAGUGCGGCGUAACGCCGCAAGAAGCCGAGAUCCGGAUACCUAGCUACUAUAGACGCGAUCGAAUCGCGGAGAUCGAAAAGAGACGGAAAUUCAUAGAGGAUACUCUCCGAAAUACGGGCGCGCUUCACGAGAUCGCAGUGCCCACCAAAAUUACCGAGUCUCAGGCUAUACGGCUCAUUCAGGCACACGAACGAGCGAGACAAGGUAGACUGCGGUAUCAAUUUAUGAAAGAAGUUCGCGAAAUGAAGGAAAGAUCGACUAUCAAACCAGAAAUGGAAGAAAAGGAUGAAGCCAACGAAAAGCUGGCAGCACUGAAAAUUCAGAAAGUAUGGAAGGGAUAUAUCACUAGGUGUUAUAUAGGCAAGAGACGCCUCGAGGAAAUGUUACUUAUAGGAAUGUUGCAGCCUAGUCAAGUGAUCUCGGAGAGUGCCAGGCAAGCGGAAAGACUGAAACAGCAGAGAUACGAAAAGCAGUUAGAUUUCCAGCGUCAAUACGAAUACUUGAUUGUAGAAGCCACGGAAAGAAUUCGCAAGGAGAGAAGCGCUAUUAUGGAAGAAAACAUAAGAAAUGAAAUUCGUAAUUGGAUCGACACUUAUUUUCAACAAACCGGAAAGAUACCUGAUUUGCCGUCCGCUGAAAGCGGAGGUUCGCGAAUGAUUUUCAGUAGACAGGGAACCGAAAGUACCGUGAGCAAGUCCACAGCGGUAUCAUCGAAGGAAUCAAAGAAAUCAAAACACUCAAAAUCAAAGAAAGACAGCGAAACGGAGCAAUCGGAGGACGAGACGGAUCUAGGAUUCAAAUCUGCUCCCUCUAACUUUCUAUCGGAAUUAAUUCACGCGAAUCAAGAGUAUCAGGAUAUUUGGAAGGACAAGGACGAAUCGAUGAACCUGGCGCAGUUGCCUUAUCGCGAUAUGAUAGAAGCGGAGAAGACGAAGGAAAUCGAGGACGAAGUCAGAGUGAUUGUGGAUCAAGCGAUGAGAGGCGACAUAGAGGCUCUUCAGCUCGCAUUAGACAGAGACAAAGGUUUUAAAGGAAAACGUGCGAAGAAACCUCAGAAGCGAGUUCGCAGAAGUGGAAAGAAAAAUAAGAGGAAGAAGGAGAAAGAUCUAACACCCGAUAGAACGACAGAGUCUCUUUUCGAGGAGCUUCUCACGCAAGGAAUUAUUAAGCUUUAUCCCGAGGUUUCUCUAGAUGAGUUCAAGGGUGAAAAGUCUUUCGCGAAUCACGAUCUUUGUGAAAAGAGAAAAGAGAAAGAUCCACUUCCGACACUCGGCGAUAUAAGGCAGUUAAUCGCCGAAUAUUGUAUACUUCCGCUGGGUAAUCCAAAUCUGAGAGAACUCACACCUCUCGUGAGAUCAGUUCUGAUAGCUGGUCCGCGCGGCAGUGGCAAAAAAUUUUUGGUGAACGCGAUCUGUACGGAACUCGGAGCUACGCUCUUCGACGUAACGCCAGCAAAUAUCGCUGGCAAGUAUCCCGGUAAAUCUGGUUUGAUUAUGCUCGUUCAUCUAAUAUCGAAGGUAUCACGAUUACUGCAGCCAUCGGUGAUCUUCAUGGACGAUGCGGAAAAACCGUUUGUUAAGAAAGUUGCGAAAACGGAUAAGACCGAUCCGAAACGUUUGAGAAAAGAUUUACCAAAACUGGUGAAAAGUAUCACCGGUGAAGACAGAGUUUUGUUUAUCGGAACAUCUAACAAGCCUUGGGAAGGCGACCCGAAACUCUUAUAUCAGACUUAUGACAAAGUGAUAUACAUUCCUCGACCAGAUUACGGCACUGUGUCUCUUAUAUGGAAAGAUUUACUCUACAAAUAUUCGGGUAUUAGCCGACAAUUUGAUACGUCGGCUAUGGCCAAAGCGUGCGACGGUUUUACGAUAGGAUCUAUUUUAGCAGCGAUUAACGAGGUAAUGACUACGAAACGUAUGGUACAAUUACGAAUUCAUCCUUUAACACAUGCGGAAUUGGUGAAUACAUUGAGUUUCAAAGAUCCAGUGUAUCGCGAAGAGGAAGAUUCGUUUAUAGCCUGGUAUUCCAAGACACCAACGUGUCGACGAAAGCAAAGAGCUUUGGAAUUGGAACUAGAAAAGUUGAAUGAAGCAAACGAGUCACAAAAAAAGAAAAAAGGCGGAAAAAAGUAGAACUGUCCGAUAUAAAAGAAUCCUAUUUUAUACCAUACGUUAUCGAUGACUCCGAAGACGAGAGAAUAUUUCUUAUAAGAAUUAGCGAGAUAAAUAUAAAUAAAAAAUUUCAGCAUGCUAUUUUUCUUUCUUUCUAAUCUUGCUUAUAUAACUUGUAGUUUUUUUGUCUAAAAUAAUAAAAUUAAUUAACAACUUUA